CAACCUUGGGUUCAAGCCCAAAAAGAAAGUAAAAUUAAGUUCGACGUUUUAUUCAUUAUUAAAUAUUAAAUAAGAACUCCUUUGGUACGGCCUCCACGUCCAAGCUUUCCUCGGCAGUUGUUCCCCUUGCUAGUACUUGCGUGUAGUUUUUGUAACACCCCGGCCUCCACCCUAGCUGAGUGAUGAUAAAACUUCAAUCUUUGCUUAUAUGAAAGACGAUGUAAUUUGCUUUUAUCUGCGAUUCUGCGCUAUGGUUUCUUUGUCCUUAGACUAAAAGAAAGAAAAAUAAAGCUUUAAGCUAUGAAUGGAAAAUAUAUCAUAUGGCUAUGGACAAGGCAAUUCAUUUCAGUUAUGGGCUUGUUUCUAGUAUUAGUAUGUUAAAUUAAUUAUGGUUUUAUUUAAUAUUUAGCAAAACUGCAAUUAAUUUCUAUCGAAGUCUGAUGCUUUUUGCUCAAUUCAUCUAUCAGACAGGAAAUAAUGCCAGAGAAGUUGCAAAAAGUUGUUUUACUUGCGAUGCCUGUUCAAGAUAAAAGCGUCUCUUAUUUCAAAGUUGAGUUUUAUGCCUUUGAUGAAGGCUUAUUCCCGUCUAAGAUGUCAGGUGGUGAUGAUGAUUUGGUUUUGGUUUCUGGGACUGAUGCUGGUCCGUGCCCAUUUGUUGCAAAGCAUACUAGCCUUCUUGAUCAUUGUCAUCGUUUCGCGGCCUUCAUGGCUAACAAGUCUCGCAUGUAUUAUGCCGGGGGAGUCAACUCUAAUUGCAGGACAUGUCAUCAGGAUUUUCCUGAUCGCGCCACUAGAGAAAACAAUGGUCAGAGAUCUGUUUUAUGUAUGGAUACCGCUACAGGGAGUGAGUGGACUAGAUUGCCUUUGAUGACAUAUGGUCGAUGGGUACCCCAACUUCAUGUCCUUGAUGGUGCACUUUAUGCCAUAGGUGGUAUGAAAGAAGAACAAUCUGCAUUUAUGGAGGUGCUUCCUGAAACUGCAGAUGAAUGGAUCACGCUUCCUGAUCCUCCAUGUCCUGUCAAGCGGGAUUACCACAAUUUAACAGCUGUUCCAGUUGUAGUAGAUGAGAAGCCAGAAGAUUCUUAUUUCUUAUUCAUUUUGUUGCCCAAACUUGAUGUAUUUUACACGUACACACCAAAAUCAAAUUCCUGGGCUGUUUUGGACUCUUCUUCUAUCCCUGGCCUAGUCCCUCACACUUUUGCGUUCGACAGCCGUUUUGUCUAUCUUUACAUGGACAUCAAAGCAAAUGCACACAAAUUAGUUUGGCACAACAUACGUCUAGGUCAAUACCAUGAGGUGGAUUUGUUGAGGGAAGGAAUGAUACCUCCUAGCGCGCCAUUCCCGGAGGACGUGGGAGUUUGUGAGAUCACAUUGUUUCAUGUUGGCGGCAAUGAAUUUGGUCUUUUAUGGGUUGAUGCUUGUGACAUGGGAAAAGGCAGCGAUGGCUAUUGGUGUUGCAGGUUUACUUUUGACUAUAAAAGGGCGCUUGCUGGUCUGAAAUGUUGUUCUCUGCUUUGGUACAGCAGAUGUAUUGGUCCAAAGAGGCCAAUCCGGGCUGUUCUUGCUGUGGAUGUACCUGCCCACUUCACAAAGGGAGGGCACUACCAUGAGGGCCAUUAUGUUUCCACGCCAAAGCAAGUCCUAGAAAGAAGAGACGGAGCAGAGAUGUCAGAAAGGGAGGCACGUAGGUCAAAGCAAUAAUUGGGAAAACAAGACAGAGCAGAGCUGGAACAUUAGAAGUUGGUGUUUCUCAGCUCCUUUUCUUUUAUAAGGCUCCUUUUUUGCUUUUGUGUACAAACCGUCCAAAUUUUGAUCUGAAUGAUGUUUUAUGUUUUACAGAUGUGUAAAUUUAUGCAUCAAAUUAUUGUGCUUGGACACAAUUGUGUCAAAUUGCUAAAUGUUGCGUGAAGUAUAAUCCUAUUGGGAGUUGUAAAUACUUUGUAGGAUU